UCCAGAGGCGGCAGCGCGGGUGAUGUCAGCUCUCGACGAAAAUAGAGAGGGAUCGCCUGCAAAUCCCCAGCUCCGGCGGAGCUAAACCUUGCAAUCCCUCCCGGGCCGGCGCCGAGCCAGGGCGCAGCGGCCGCCACCACCUCCCCGGCGUGCAGACACCCGCACACGCGCGCACGCUCGCACACACGCUCCUGCACACUCACCGCACACACGCGCUUCGUCCUCCCCGGCCACCACCCUCCGCGUCCGCGCUCCACUACUCGCAGCGCCCGCGAGCCCGGCAGCAAACACAGGUGGCAGCGGCGGCGGCGCACCUUUCCUGCGCGCCCUCCCGCACCACCGGGGGCGGCGCUCUCUCCGGGAAGCCUCCCUCCUACCCCCCAGCGCGCCCGGCCAAGCGCUGGCGAGGAGGGCGGAAGGGCGAGCGGGACGCGCGCGGAGGAGAGCGGAGAAGCGGAUUAGCGCCCGCAGGAGCCUCCCGCGCCCGCUGAGGCGCUAAAGGGCUUACCCAAGAGGCGGGGUGAAAGGGCGGGGAGAGGCUCCCCCUUAAAUACCGCGCUCGGCCUCCAUCGCGCGCUCACCCCUGCGCCUGCUCACUCCCUCGCCCGCUGCUGCCGGAUUGUGCCGAAGAGGAGGGGGCGUUCCCCGCACCAUGGCAUCCACGGAUGGUGCCAACAACAUGCCCAAGCAGGUCGAAGUGCGAAUGCACGACAGCCACCUCAGCUCGGAGGAGCCAAAGCACCGUCAUCUGGGGCGGCGGGUGUGUGACAAGCUGGGGAAGAACCUCCUGCUCACUCUGACGGUGUUUGGUGUUAUCCUGGGAGCAGUAUGUGGAGGGCUUCUUCGCUUGGCAUCUCCUAUCCACCCUGAUGUGGUUAUGUUAAUAGCCUUCCCAGGGGAUAUACUCAUGAGGAUGCUAAAAAUGCUCAUUCUCCCUCUAAUCAUCUCCAGUUUAAUCACAGGGUUGUCAGGCCUGGAUGCUAAAGCCAGUGGGCGCUUAGGCACGAGAGCCAUGGUGUAUUACAUGUCCACGACCAUCAUCGCCGCAGUCCUGGGGGUCAUCCUGGUCUUGGCUAUCCACCCAGGGAACCCCAAACUCAAGAAGCAGCUGGGGCCUGGGAUGAAGAAUGAUGAAGUGUCCAGCCUGGAUGCCUUUCUGGACCUUAUUCGAAACCUCUUCCCGGAAAACCUUGUCCAAGCCUGUUUUCAACAGAUUCAAACAGUGACAAAGCAAGUCCUGGUGGCACCUCAGUCAGAAGAGGAGGGCAAUGUCACCAACUCUGUCAUCUCUCUGUUGACCGAGGCUGCAACAGAUGCACCUGAGGAAACAAAGGUGGUUACCAAGAAGGGCCUGGAGUUCAAGGAUGGCAUGAAUGUCUUAGGUCUGAUAGGGUUUUUCAUUGCCUUUGGCAUCGCCAUGGGGAAGAUGGGAGAGCAGGCCAAGCUGAUGGUGGAAUUCUUCAACAUUCUGAAUGAGAUUGUAAUGAAGUUAGUGAUCAUGAUCAUGUGGUACUCUCCCCUGGGUAUUGCCUGCCUAAUCUGUGGGAAGAUCAUUGCAAUCAAGGACUUAGAAGUGGUUGCUCGGCAACUGGGGAUGUACAUGGUCACGGUGAUUGUGGGCCUCAUCAUCCAUGGGGGCAUUUUCCUCCCCUUGAUUUACUUUGUAGUGACCAGGAAAAACCCUUUCUCCUUUUUUGCUGGCAUUUUCCAAGCUUGGAUCACUGCUCUGGGUACCGCUUCCAGUGCUGGAACUUUGCCUGUCACCUUCCGUUGCCUGGAAGAAAAUCUGGGGAUUGAUAAGCGUGUGACCAGAUUUGUCCUCCCAGUCGGAGCAACCAUUAACAUGGAUGGUACAGCCCUUUAUGAAGCAGUGGCCGCCAUCUUUAUUGCCCAAAUGAAUGGUGUUGUCCUGGAUGGAGGCCAGAUUGUGACUGUGAGUCUCACCGCCACGCUGGCGAGCGUCGGCGCAGCCAGUAUCCCCAGUGCUGGGCUGGUCACCAUGCUCCUCAUACUGACGGCGGUGGGCCUGCCAACGGAGGACAUCAGCCUGCUGGUGGCUGUGGACUGGCUGCUGGACAGAAUGAGAACUUCAGUCAAUGUUGUGGGUGACUCUUUUGGGGCUGGGAUUGUCUAUCACCUCUCCAAGUCUGAGCUGGAUACCAUUGACUCCCAGCACCGAGUGCAUGAAGAUAUUGAAAUGACCAAGACUCAGUCCAUUUACGAUGACAUGAAGAACCAUAGGGAAAGCAACUCUAAUCAGUGUGUCUAUGCUGCACACAACUCUGUCAUAGUAGAUGAGUGCAAGGUAACUCUGGCAGCCAACGGGAAGUCGGCCGACUGCAAUGUUGAGGAAGAACCUUGGAAACGUGAAAAAUAAGGACAUGACUCAGCAAAUUCUUGCAUAAACUCCCUAGCGUAUCUUAUGGUAAAAGAGGAUAUAAACAAGCUUUCUUUAAAAAGGAAACAAAAUACAUAUAUUUCUAUGUUUACUUAAUCUGUUAGCUGAGGCUUAGAGGAUCUGUUGUGAGUCAGUGAUAGGCAUGCAUGGUGCUGUGUGUCUUGGCCAAAUAAUGCUUCGUAACCAUCUAAUUUUCUCACCUGUAUUAUUGUCUGAAUGGAUGCUGCUGGAGGUAUCAGUUUGAAUUGAAGAGACAUUCAUGCCAGCUUCCCCUUUCUCUCAAGAUGCAGAACCAUGGAUGCUCUUUUCCCAGGGGACACAACUAAAGCAGUGUGGUACACUCCAGGGAUUUGGGAUAAUGAGCAGAUACUCAGUGCAUUAUUCCUUCAAGCGUUC